AUGCCUCGUUACGAUGAUCGUUAUGGAAACACACGCUUGUAUGUUGGUAGAUUGGCCUCCCGCACUCGUUCGCGUGAUCUAGAAUAUCUUUUCAGCAGAUAUGGAAGCACAAUCCAGAAGGUAUGUGGUGGAAGGGUGCCCUUGGUGGAAUUGGUGGCCAUCGUUCCAAAGUUUAUGGAGGACUUUGGUGAAGGGUGCCCUUGGUGCUAGAAUACGUGAAGUGGAGUUGAAGCGCGACUAUGCUUUUAUUGAAUACAGUGAUCCUCGUGAUGCUGAUGAUGCACGAUACAAUCUAGAUGGAAGGGAUGUUGAUGGGAGCCGAAUUAUUGUGGAGUUCGCUAAAGGGAUUCCUCGUGGAUCAGGUGGUUCACGUGAACGUGAAUAUGUGGGAAGAGGUCCUGCUCCAGGAACAGGGCGUUGUUUUAACUGUGGUAUUGAUGGUCACUGGGCCAGAGACUGCAAGGCUGGUGACUGGAAGAACAAAUGUUACCGGUGUGGAGAAAGGGGCCAUAUAGAAAGAAACUGCCAGAAUAGUCCCAGGAGUUUCAGGCGUGAGAGAAGUUAUUCACGGUCACCAUCUCCACGCCGUGGACGGGCCCGCAGUAGGAGCUACAGCAGAAGCAGAAGCCGUAGUUACAGCCGAUCAAGGUCCAGGUCCUUGUCUGAAUCUCCCAGAGGGCGCCGCCGGGAGCGUGAUGCAAGAUCAAGGAGCCUUAGCUACAGCAGGAGCCCCAGGAGAUCACUUUCCCCAGAAGCAAAGGAAAUGGACCGCAGCCCCACACCUGAUGGCAGUCGGAGCCCUAGGCGAUCUCUCUCCCCAGAAGUGAAGGAUAAAGGUGACAGCCCUAGGGGCAGGGGGAUGAGCAGGAGCAGGAGCCCUUCUGAUGGCUACCAUAGCCCUGUGGCCAAUGGGCGCAGUCCGAGUCCCAGGAUCAAAGAUGGCAGGAGUCCUACUAAGGAUGGCAGUCCCAGUCCUGCUAGGGGCAGCCCAAGUCCGAGGGGCAACAAUGGUAGCCCUAGUCCCAGGGGCAAUGGUGAUGGAGGCAGCCCUAGUCCCAGGGGCAACGGUGAUGGUGCUGGCUCACCCAGAGGAAGCUUGUCCCCCUGAAGUCUUGGAACCAUUGUCCAGUUCCUGCUUGCUACAUAUUAAUUUGACUAUUGUUGUGUCACUUCCAGUUUAAGACGGCUGCAUCGUAUUUCCUAUAUGUUUGCUCUGAACAUGUUACUUUGAUAUUAGGGUUUGCUCUGAACAUGUUACUUCAAUAUUAGACACUUCAGAAGGAUUUGCUACUUUCUGGCUCAGAAGGAUUUGUUA